AUGUCGAAGAAACCUCUUCGAUCGCAAGCAAGAAAUAUUAUUUUCAAUGUUUAUCAAAGAAUAAUAAUUGAUGAACAAGGUGCAGAACAAACACAAUCGAUAUUGAGCCAUGUGCAAGCGUUGACUGGUGUUUUAAGACGAAUUGUUGCUGAAGGCAGAUCUAACAGAGGCGUAUUUAGCACGCCCGAUAAAAAGAAGAAAGGUGGAAAAAAUACUGCGUCUUCCUCGUCUUCCUCUUCCGAUGAAGACUUUUAUGGAUGUGCAGUAUUUGGAACCAUUUUCAAGUUCUGA